AUGGCGCAGGUUACGCAGGAGGAUUUCAGCUGGCUCCUGAGCCGAUCCAAAUCCGCAUAUCAGCUUCUGGAUGUCGACACCAGUGUACAGUCACAUGGUCUGCGGCGCGCGUACCGGAAAAAAGCGCUGGUGUUGCACCCCGACAAAAACCAGUCCUCAGACGCAGAGGAGCAGUUUAGAGAGAUCUUGGUCAGUUACCGAGUACUUGACGAGCCAGAGUGGCGCAAGCGGUACGACGAGCACCUGGAAACAGAAUUGGAGCGACAAAAAGCAAGGGCACAGCAAUCUGCACAUCAAAAGUCACUAAAAGAGCAGCUAUUAUUUGAAGAGUCUAGAUACAGGCAAGAUCAAUCCACUGCUCAAUAUCGACAGGUGAAAAUCGAGCAGCUGAGGCUCGAGACAGAGCAGCUGCGCCGAGCUAAAUUAAGAGAAACAGCCAGCAGCGCCACGAUCGUCGAAACAGACAAGUCACGGUUCCCGUGCAAAGUCCGUGUGCGGUGGAAGAGUAAACCCCAAAUAACAGACCUCGUGAGCGCCGAGGUGGUCCAGCAGCUGAUGGAGGUGUUUGGAGAAGUCGUCUCUGUGCAAAUGAACUCAAGCACGGAUGCAGUUGUCACGUAUAAAACAUGGCUUUCGGCAGUGCUGGCUGCCACGCACGAUUAUUCGCAAGUCUCUGACCUCUGGGACGAACGGAAAACUGAAUUUUGA